AUGGCGGCCUCUGCGCUCCACGGCUCUGCGGCAGACAGCAACAGUGUGGCGGCUUCUGGAUGCUCCGCAAGAAGCCCGGGAGGCUCCGUAACUCUGCCUGGACACCUCCACUCUCACACGGCUCUCACGGGCCUGGCUGCCCCCUGGAUCCGCUCUCUGGACCGGGCUCUGGAGGAGGCUUCUGUCAGCGGCUGUCUGAACCUCAGUGGCCGGAAGAUGAAGGAGUUCCCCCCCGCAGCAUCGAACCACGACCUGUCGGACACCACCGGGGCCGAUCUCUCGAGGAACCGUCUCCCUGAGUUCCCUGUAGAGCUGUGUGUCCUGGUGUCUCUGGAGUCUUUGAACCUGUACCAGAACUGUCUGAGGUCUUUACCAGAGAGUCUCAUCAACCUGCAGGCGCUCACCUGGCUCAACAUCAGCCGGAACCAGCUCUCAGUGCUGCCCCCUGUGGUCUGCUCUCUGCCGCUGAAGGUGCUCAUCGCCUGCAACAAUAAACUGGUGUCUCUGCCUGAGGAGCUGGGGCAGCUGCGCCUCCUCACAGAGCUGGAUGUGAGCUGUAAUGAGAUCCAGAUGUUGCCGCCUCAGGUCGGCCAGCUCGAGGCGCUACGAGACCUGAACAUCAGGAGGAACCACCUGUUACAGCUGCCCCCAGAGCUCUCAGACCUCCCGUUGGUUCGUCUGGAUUUCUCCUGUAAUAAAGUGACUCAGAUUCCAGUGUGUUAUCGGCGUCUGACGCAGCUUCAAAGCAUUGUCCUGGACAACAACCCCCUACAGACCCCCCCAGCCCAGAUUUGUAUGAAGGGUAAAGUCCACAUCUUUAAAUUCCUGAAUCUGGAAGCAUCAAAGUCAACGACAGAAACAGAGUAUGAGAGACGCCCCCCCUACAGUGAUGAGGCCUUCUCUGGAGGAGGAUACGGAGCUCUGGACUCAGGCUUCAACAGUGUGGACAGUGGAGACAAGCGCUGGUCUGGGAACGAGCCUUCAGAGGAGGAGCUGUCAUCUAAAGUCUCAGAGCUGAACAGACACAGAGUUCUGCACAAUGGUGCCCCCUAUUCUGAGUCGGAGCAGACUGAGGAAGAUGACGAAGGACGACGACAAAGUCUGAGCUCACAGUUUAUGGCCUACAUCGAGAAGAGGGUCACAGAGGGUUCUCCAGUGAAGAUGAGCCGCACAGACGAAAGACGUUUACACCGCAGUGUGGUGGAUGGAGUCCCAGCGCCCCCUGUCCCUCACACACAGAGGUCUGGUCCUGGUUCCAGUCCCGCUACACAAAGGUAA